CAUCAGCUCCCCCCUGUCCUCGCCGCCGCGCCGCAGGAUGAGGAGCACGCUGCUGGCCCUCGCCGCGCUCGCCCUCCUGGCUGCAGCACACCAGGCUGACGGGGAGGGAAACGCCGUGAAGCUCUGCGGGAGAGAUUUUGUCAGAGCCAUCGUUUUCACCUGCGGCGGCUCUCGGUGGAAAAGGGACUUGGCCGAUUAUCAAUACCUGUUCGAGAAUGAAAAUCCCCCGCCCUUCUCCGAGGAAGACAACGGUUACGCAGAUCCCCUGACAUACACCGACCGGAGGCUGGGGACCGACAGCGAGGAAAUCCUCAACAUCAAGCCCGAGACAAAGCGAGACGUACAGCUCGCCAGGAAGAUGUCGGUGCUGAGAAAGCGCGAAGUAGCCAAGUUGCUCACCACAUCCUGCUGCAGCGUCGGCUGCAGCGAGAGAGAUAUCAGCUCGCUGUGCUAAGAGGCAGCGGAUGCUGACGAGGCUCACUGCCAUCCACAGCUUUCACGUAUUAAAACAAUCAUGCCAUAAACACUGUUAUUUCAGUCGUAUUCUUUAAUUGUGCCUUUGUUCUUUGGAGUACGCUAAGGAGUAAAGGCCGGAUGGUAAAUGCUGUA